UCCAUAUUUUUGUGAAUGAAUUACAAUAAUAAUAACUGAAAGUAAAAGCCUUUUUUGCUCAGGCAGUAACUGUGCCAUCAAAGUCUAUGAUCAUUGUAUUCAUAAUCUGUUCAUAUGUCAUGCAUCAACAUAUUUCUGUCAGGUGACAGACAGUAGAGAGGAUGGACGAGGCAGAGGAGGAGGCGAAGCUGGAGGAGAUAGAGGAGGAGAGGCUGGAAAUUCACAGCUCCAGGAAACUGAAAGUAAACAGGGAAGCUUAUGGGAAAAACCCACUGGAGUGUAUAAAAAAGGGAGAUCAAAGCUGCUGCUGCUCAUAUCAACUGUGAAAACAGUGGUGAAUGCCGACUCCUGGAAAAGAUGACAUCGAACGUCUUUAAACGGUGGCGCACUCCUCGCCGGACUGAAAGCAUAACACCUUUAAUAAGACACAACAACAAUGAUGAGGACAUACAGGAUGGAUAUGAGAGGCAGGUUAAUGACCACAAGGACCCAUUAACCCAAAACACUCUCAACAUCCAAAAUGAGCACCAUCUGCAGAACGAUGACGAGAUCACAUCCUUGGCUGAGCAUCUUCGUGUUCCCACUGACUCCAUCUCUGUUAGGCCUUACUGCUCUGAAAACCAGCCUGAGAAUCUGGAGCAGAAGGUCUUCGCUCUCAUCCAAACAUCUGUGCACAAACACCUCCCAGAACCUCCAGAAGACCUGGACAAGAACCUUCAGCGGUACCUGAUACGUGUGCAGGAAAUAGUGCUAAGGGAGCUGCAAAGGCUGGCCCUUCUGUCUAACACCAGGAGGUGGAUGGGAGAGGUGAUCAACUGCUACCACCAACAGAUAUUCAAGCAGCUUAACGGUGUACUCCAGCAAAUCAGAUCCUCCAAGAGCUGCUUCGUGCUGCUGCAAUGGCUUCUACAAAUAUAUCUGAGUCAGGAUCUGCUUGGUCACCCUGAUUUGAAGGAAAUGGAUGUCACCAGAACAAUCGACCUGAUGUUGCUGAUUGACUGCACAACAAAAGCACAAGACAUACUUCUGGAUUUAGUGCAGAAAGAAGUUUCCAUGACUCUGGAGAAAAUCCUGUUAAGGAGUCAAGAGAAAGGAAAUAAGAGUGAAGAAGAUUUAAAUGAAAUCUACAUUGACACUAUACAGUGCAUUAAUGCCAUGUCCAAUCAGGCCUUAAAGAUCAGUUCCAGGCUGUCGGUUCAAGUGCAGGAAAUUUGUUUAGAGGAGCUGCUCAUAUUUGUGAGGAGGUACACGUCUCAACAGACUGAGAAUCUGGAAAAAUCCAAAAUGACCAAAAUAGACACAUUCGACUUCUUCAAGACUCUGAAAACCUGCAGAGAGCUCAAACAUCAUGUCCAGACCAAACAUAUGGGAGUCAAAGUUUCUGUCGUUAAGGAAACUGUGGAGACACUUGAGGAAAUGCAGGAUUUUACUAAGAAGCGUCUGCUGGAAAACAUGGCUGUCAUGACAGAGACCCACUUGAAAAAGUACCUCAGGGCAGAUAGCAAACAGUUCUUCUUGGUGGGCGCACUGAGGGAACUCUUUCCAAACCUGUCCUCAUGUUUGGAUGAACAAAAGAGUGUGAUGGAUGAGGUCUAUAAACACACAGUUCACCUUUACCUCAAACAUCUCAUCAGCAUCAACCAGAAAAAACUGCUGAAAUGUUGGAGACGAGGCAUUGGUGAAACUGUCACUGAAGAUGCUAAGAUCAUUCACAAGACCUUCUCAGACCUGGCUCCUGGUGUCCAACAAUGGAACUUCACACUGCUGGAAGUCAGUGAAGUGUUGAACUAUCCAUACGGCGAUACAUUAAAACUCACAGUGGGAGGCAUGACGAACAAAUGCACCAACACAGGCUGCACUGAUGACCUGGAGCUCCUUCCUGCUCUACUGCGAUGGAAGGGUCUCUCCAAAUGGGAGGUCAGAGACAUCCUGGAGGCCCUCCCAGACCACAGACCCGAAACCAGACCUGCAUUGUGGUGUUGCUUUCCCUUCUGUGGGAAAAUCCAGAACUGAUGCACAGAAGAUCAACAGUAUUGAGUUGAACAAGCACAGCUUUCCAAUCAGGAGAAGCCUGUUACUCUGUAAAUAACGAAAAAGAUUACAGCAUGUUUUUUUUUUUAUGAGAUUCUUUGCUUAAGCGUCUGAA